CCUGUCAGACUGGGCGGCCACAGCGGCGGCCCUUCAGGACGUGGGCCCCAUCGAUCUGCUGGUCAACAACGCCGCCUACGCCAGUCUGCAGCCUUUUCUGGAUGUCACCCCAGACAGUUUGACCAGUCAUUCAAUGUGAAUGUGAAAGCUGUGCUGCAUGUGUCUCAGAUCGUGGCUGGUGCCAUGAAGGCCAGAGGAUCGGGGGGUUCCAUCGUCAACGUGUCCAGUCAGGCAUCCCAGUGCGCCCUCAGGGACCAUGCAGUCUACUGUGCCACUAAAGGAGCCUUGGACAUGUUGACCAAGGUGAUGGCCCUGGAGCUGGGACCCCACCAGAUUCGUGUGAACAGUGUGAACCCCACAGUGGUGAUGACUGAGAUGGGCCGACUGGGCUGGAGCGAUCCCAACAAAUCCAAGACCAUGAUGUCCCGCAUCCCCCUGGGACGCUUUGCAGAGGUGGAGGACGUGGUCAACAGUAUUUUGUUCCUGCUCAGUGAUAAGAGUAACAUGACCAAUGGAGUCACUCUGCCGGUGGAUGGAGGCUUCCUGUCCUGCUGACACCGACUCAGAGGAAACGACCGACAGAGCAGUGAGCAGCUUCAUUUCAUUCAUUCAAUAAACUUUGUCACUGCACCUCCACUGUACAUGUUCCUGUGUC